UUAUUAUAAUCUUUUCGAGGUUUUGGUUAACAUUUUCUAGACAUAAGAAUAUAUACAAAAUAUUUAUACAUGUACUUAAAUCUUAUAAUCUUUCUUAUAAAUACUUAAAAAAUAUUUUAUAAAUAUUUCGUACUGUGGAAUACAUUCUACUAUUGCAAUCUACUGUUAGCUUUAUAUUUAUUACGGUAAAAGAGACUUUCUAAAAAAACUGUUAUAUGCUGUCAUCUAACGUGUAUUCCUCAAAUUACACGCAGUCGAUAAUUUUACAUGAUACAUUUUCAUCUCUUUAUCUUUUGCUGCGCAUUGAACUUUUACCGAUACAUGAUAUUAGAUAUACUUCGUUAAAUGUUAUCGACAGUGUUUCAUCGUACUUAUCGACAAAAAUUGCAAGAAAUUUAGGAUAUGAGAUCUCUUUUUACACGAAUUCUCAGACAUGAAUAUACGUUAGUCGAAUAUAAACGGAGUGUGAUAAAAGCGUAAAUGAAGCGAAAAUCUCUCCUAAGCGUCUUUCCCCGCCUUAUAUUCGACUCACCCUCCGAUUGUCAUUUUCAUCAGGGAAGUUGCCAGUCCGUCAAAAUCACAUAUACAUAUAUAUUGAUAUGUGCAAAGUAUAUUAUAUAAUUACAUGUAUAUAUGAUUAUAAAAAAAAAUUUGCGCGCCCUUGUGACGCAAAUAUUUCAUUCCAUCAAUUUGUCUCUUUUCUCUCUUUCUCUCCUUUCUCGUUCCUUUCCCAAAUCUCAAGAAGGGCAGCCAUUACGCAAACAGCAACGCGACAAGUCGUACGAAAUAACCGACUCACCAACGUCGUCACGCUCACGUAGCCGACCGUUGCUGUAGACCCGCGCCUUCCGAGGUCGCAUCCUUUCGCUAAACCGUACGCUCAUCCUUCUCAGGUCAAGUUAAUCCGCGUUCGCGAAACGACAAGACGAGCCGUCGUCACUGACCACCGCGUUCGUUCCGUGUCCGAGGAAGAAUCGUUGGAAUUUUCAAACGGCGCGGCGUUCGGCGCAAAAUUCACAGCGUCACGUGAUCGCGGAGAGAUGCGCCGCGCUGCGCCGCGCUGCGCCGCGCCGUCCGAUGUUACGUCACGCGCUCCGAAAUCAAGCAAGUUCACGCCGUACAUGAACUGAUGAAGCUCGGCGUGAGCUAACCUAUCUUUCGCGUCUACAACGUGUUGCCGAUGCUGAUUUAAAAAAGGAAUUAGCAGUUCCCCUCCGCGAAUGCGAUAUGUCGGUAGGCGAAUCUGUCUGUCCGACUGAUAGACGUUGAUCCGCGAAGGCGUCAAGCCGCGAGGAUGUUCGUUGACCCGUCGUCGCGCCUCGCGGUACAAACUUGAUAUCUAUUUCGAGUCAUAUGCAAUGCGUUAAUCGUUUAUUUAUAAACGUCACUGUGCCGCUUUUCAAGCCGACGUUUACCCGAGGUCUUUGCGCACUCUCGCAUUAUCGUAAAAUGUGUUAAGCCUCAUUGUUCCUCCCUCUUUCUUUAUCACUCUCUCAUUUCAUUUUUGUCGCGCACGAAUUAUGGACGAGGUUUGGUUUCACUUGUCGAAUCAGCUCGAAAUGCUGCAGAAAUCUCAGUAUACUACACAAAAAAAUUUGGGGAAAGGUUCAAGCAUCAAUGGCAGCGCAACAAGGACAGCAAUGGUGUAUGGCAUGGCUAACCCAGCUGCGUCAGUUCAUCCUGCAGUUCUGUGACGAACAGCACGUUCAGUAUGCCAAAGACAUCAUGCUGGGUGUGGCUACCUCUGUACAACGAGGGUGGCAAGAAGUUAAGUUUCAGUAUUAUAAUACGCAAUGGAAUACAGCAGAUUUUUAUCGCCAAUUAAGAAUCCUGUGUGCUAACAAAGUGUCAAGGAGAGAAGCAAUGUUUUGCUUGACAGGCCUAGUGAUUGGAACUGUAACGGGCUAUUAUAUCGGCAUAUAUUGGAAACCAGCCUCUCAACAUAUACAUCAUAUAAAAGCUAUUGCUUGCCAUCAUUAUUAUGGUAUCGAGGGAGUGUUAAUGAUAGACGAUUGCGAAAUGCCAGCGAUUAAAAAAUCGAACGAAUUACUUAUACAAGUUAAGGCCGCUUCACUUAAUGUCAUUGACACGAAGGUAUGCUUCGGUUACUCUAGAAUUUAUAGAAGAUUGCUCAACUCGGGAAAACAGAAACAACUACCUGUAACUUUAGGAAGGGAUUGCGCAGGAGUGAUAGUCGAUAUUGGACAAGGCGUUAUCAAUUUUGAUAUUGGAGACGAAGUAUUCUUAGCCGUUCCAUCGUGGGCAUCUGGCACGAUGGCGGAAUACAUAAUUGUUCCAGAAACGCAAGUAGCAAGACGGCCUAAAACGUGUAACUUUGAAGCCUCCGCCAGCCUACCAUACAAUGGUUGCCUGGCAUGGGAUGCUUUAGUUAAUAGAUCAGUCAUCAAGGAAGGCAAUGCCAAAGGAAAACGAGUUCUUAUUUUUGGCGGAAGCACUCCAAUUGGCUGUAUCUUGACGCAAUUAAUUAAGUUAUGGGGCGGAUACGUAGUAACCGCCUGCCGAACGAAUUCUGUGCCUAUAAUGAAGGCACUUGGUGCCGACGAAGUUAUAAUAAUAAACGAAACUGAUGUCGAGAAAGAAUUAGAAUUGCACGAUAAGUAUGACGCGAUUUUUUAUACUGAUAAUCAGCCUUUUCAAGAAUAUAUUUUAAAGAGGCACUUAUUGCCUCAUGGGUCCUAUGUAUCAACUGUUCCUGAACAAUUAAGAUCGGACUCACUAGGAUUUAUCUGUGGAAGUAUAUUUGCCGGAUGCGUUAGAAUAAAAUUAUUGAUUCAGUAUAUGUUCGGAUUUAACAUGCACCAAUGGAAGGAAGGGGCAAAAUUGAACGUCACAUAUUUGCGAGCGUUGUGUGAUCUGACCGAUGCGAACCAAUUACAAACGGUUGUCGACAGGGUGUAUGCACCAUACAAUAUCGAACGAGCGUUGCACCAUGUCUUAGAUCCAAAUUCUAUUGGUAGUACAAUUAUAACAUUUCAAUGAUGUAUCAUUGAAAAGAAGUUUAUAUCGCGACUAUAUAUAUAUAUAUAUAUAUAUAUAUAUAUAUAUAUAUAUAUAUAUAUAUAUCUUGUACAUAACAGUGUAUAAUUUCGGCGGAUAAUCACUGCCGUAUACUGUUAAUAAAUAUUUGCAUCAUUGAAAAUCAAGAAAUGGUAGUUCAAACGUGCUACUUGGUGCUAAAAUAAAGACUGAAGUGAUAUAAUUAACAGACCAAAUGUAGAAUACUUUGUCCUUUUCUAAAAAUUCCUGCCAAGUUAUAUAUUAAUAAGAAAAAAAUGCAUAAUUAAAAUAUACAAUGACAAUAUAUUGAUGAUAAUACAUGAAUCCAAAUGAUAUAACGAUGUUGCUUAUAAAGAGUUUUAUAAAAAAUGUCGUGACAUUGUUAAAUAUUCGUUACGAUGGAAUUUAUAAAAAGAUAUAUAUUGUACACUAAUAUUGUAUAUAUUUUACGAAAUAAAUAGAAAAAUUUAUAUUGUA